UCCCCCUCUCUCUCUCUUCCACACACAGCUGGCUCUGGUCUUUGCUGUGUUUCUGUUUCAGCUCGGCUCUCAGACGGCUGUCACAAUGGCUCGCUGCAGGAGUUACUUACGGGGACUCUCCAUCUGCGUCACUGUGCUCUUGCUGUUGUCUGGUAUGGUGAUGAUCGGUGUUGGGUUCUCAUCAAUCGAAGGCAACGUACCUGUUGAAAAGCUGUUUGAGCAGCUCUCCAUCAGCGAUGGCCUCCUGGCGCUGAAGGUGUUCGGUCCAAUCACGGUGGUUCUGUCUGUUCUGGGCAUCAGUGCUGCAGUUUCAAACUACAAACCUUUGCUUCUGCUGUUCUCUGCUCUGAUAUUUGUGGAGUUUGUUGCUCUGAUGGUUGUCGCCUCACCAUUGGUUCAUGUUGAACCACAGAUGAACAGCGCUGUGGAUGACAUUUUCCUGAAUGUAACUCCUCUUCAUAGAGCUGAGCUUUACAUCCAGACUGAACUGCAGAAACUCCAGGCCUCGGAUUCCUGCUGUGGUUUGAGAAGUUUUGAAGAUUGGGGAAAACACCUUCCUGAUUCCUGUUCAUGUGCGCCAUCUGCUGACCUGAGCUCUAAGCCCAAUAACUCCAACCCAGUGGGAUCCUGCAUGAUGGCCGAAAAUAAUCUUCAGGUUCCAGAGACGUCAACUAAAAUCUGGGUUCACUCUAAGCCCUGUGGUCCCAUCUUAAAGAGCUACCUGGGCUUCCCAGUCAAACUCAGGAUCGGAAUCAUUUCUGCUCUCGCCACCAUUACGAUAACGGCCAUAGUUCUGUGCCUGGCUCUGGGCCUGGAGGAACACUGGAGGAAACCUCCGGUAGAGACAACAGUCGACGACUUCAACCGAGUGAAAUACCAGCCUAAACCUUCCCUUUCCUGACCUCUGACCCCCGAGUCAAACAGAGGAGAUGCUGGUGCAAAGAUGUAGCCUUUAAAUGCAGCUUGUGAGAACAACACAGGGGGUCCUAUGAAGUUAAGGAGUUAGUCAAUUAAACCAGAAACCGACGGCGUUCGGUAGAUCCUGGUUCAGUAAGGCCUACCUUUUGAAAAAGAAGAUUAGUUUUCUCCUUCGUGGCCUUAUUUUUGUUUUUACUUUAGUUUUUUUUACGGAUUUAUUUAUUAAAACACACAAAUGUGAUGAAAACUGAGCGCAUAAUUUAAAUUUACUGUGUAUUUUCUCAGUAAUUAAUAUGGAGUUAGGUAGAUUCAAACACCUCCACUAAUAAUUGGUAGUUUCCCUCAAAAGCUGCAUCUUGGUGAAAAGUUUGUGCUUUAGCUGGCAGGGAACUUCUGGUUGGAUAUCUGAACGCUUCUCUUGGCAGAAUUGGAGGAGUUAAUUAAAAUCUGAAGAUUUUUACUAGAGUUGGACCAUUAAUUAUGUUUGCAAUGUAAUCAGAGUAAAAAAGAAAAAAAAAACACUUAAGGAAUUGUCAUAUUGACAUUAUGGUUAGGAGGCACUUAAUAAGAAGAAUACGCUUUUUCAUUCUGGCCCUUCAGGUGGUGAAAGUCACACUUUGUUAUGCAACCGUUAAUUGCUGAGUUCGAAUUCCGCGGUUGCGUCCUGCGAAGGCCAGAUUGUUUGGCCGAUUAAAGCAUAGCGUGCCCCAGAAGCCUGUUCAGAUUGGAAGACUCCUCAAAAGCAGCCUUCUUUUUGCCCGUCUGGAGGACAGGUCCAGUGUAUCCUAUGUAGCCUUGGAUAUCCCAUGAUUCAUUGGGAGUUCAAGCAAGCCGGCUGCUCCUUGCUCAAAGGAAAAAGGCGCUUAACAGUGAUGAAUAUUGUAAGUACAGUUUAAAACAAGAGUGUGAAUGAUUCCACCUGAAAUUAAUGAAAAUUGUCGUUAUGUGGCGGGUAAUGUGUAUCCAUUCUUUUCCUGCUCAGUACAUCAACUGUCAGGGUUGCUAGGCGACAGAGUGUAGGGAUGAUGACGGUCAGCAACCUGUUUAAAUCUAUAGCCAAACUCUAUUGGCCUCUAAAAUACUCUGCACAAUUUAUACACUUCUUAUGAAUAUUUUGGGAAAUGAUUCGGACUUUCUUAUUUCAGUGUUACAUGUAUUUGGAUUUUAAUGUAAUUAUUUUGAGGCCUAAUCAACAUAAAUUCAUGAAAGUUAUGUUGUCAGGGCAAUGUUAAGCAAACUAGAGAGUAGUAUCCUGCUCGUGACAGCAGACUAGAAAAUGUUCAUAGUUUAAUGACAGAAAUGAGGAGGAAAUACAGCCUGGAAGAACGUACAAAUAUCCAGCCAGAAAUGUGCCAGAAGCUAAUUGGCGGCUAUGAAAUGUGUUGUUUAAGUACAACAGCAGAAGGUACAAACCAAGUAUCAGUGGGGCUGUAGGUGUUUGCAUGAGUCUGUGUGAUUAUUGACCCUGUGUGGAGAAAAAAAAGACACUUCUUACUUGUGCUCCUAUUGGUUUAAAAACUAGUUUAUAAAAACAAAGAGCCUUAAAAUGAACGCAGCAGUUAUAAAAAAUAAGGGAUGAAAAUGUUUUCAGUCUGUAGUUAAUUUAACAAACUGUUGUUUGUUUCUUUGGGUAAUCUGAUCUUAGACUGGAUAUAAAACACAAAGAGGUGGGGCUGAUAUCCGGCUGUUGUGUUUCUCAGCAACUCAUUGGAGGUUUCUAAUGAUAAACCCUAAAUCUCUAGAUUUAUGCCAUUUCUAAGUGGGAGGCAGAGUUAAAAGCCUGCUCAAGUUCGGUUCUUAUGGCAUCUUUAAUGAGUGUUCCUACAAUGUUUGCACAAUGAAUGUCAGAACAAGAAGUUUAAAUAUAUAUAUAUCAUUCUAAAAAUGUAAUAUAUCUGAAGAAAAAUGUUUAUUGGUGUGCUUUGUAAAUAAAAUAUGCCUUGAAACCUAAA